AUGGAGACAGAGGGUUCAGGGUUUCUCACCGGAGUUUCCCACAGCUGCCUCACCUCAAUGCCAAACAGCAAAGCAGUCUAUCUGGAAGGUGCAACAACAACAGGAGAUUUGUCGAAGAACAGUGAUGAGAGACCCUACAUGUGUGGAGAGUGUGGGUACAGGGCUAAAUCCACCUUGGACCAACACCUAACAAAACACACCGGUGCAAAACCCUACAUAUGCGGGGAGUGUGGAUAUAUGACAGCUAAGUCUUCUCACCUUACACAGCAUAUGAAAAGCCAUACUGGAGUAAAACCCUACAAGUGUGACCAGUGUGACUAUUCUGCAGCACACAAAGCUACUCUAGACCGACAUCUAGUCAAACAUACAGGUGAAAAACCCUUCGUUGGAUGGACAGCCGGGGUCCUGUAG